GCAUAUUCACCUUUUCUUAUUGGCACUAUUUUAUUCAUCUACUGUGUUUCUACACCAAUAAAAAUAUUCUACUACUCCAUUUCUGUAUUACUGAAAUCCUACUAAUUAGUUUGUACCAGUGGAUUAAUUAGCUGAGUUCUGGUUUUCUGAUCAAAGACAAGAAUGAUGAACGGAGAAAUCUCAAAAUCAAGUUCUCAGCAGCUGUCUAUUGAGAAUGCUAAAGAACUCGUCAAUUCUGUCGAUGCCUUUCUCUUCGAUUGCGAUGGUGUAAUUUGGAAAGGCGAUAAAUUGAUUGAUGGCGUUCCCCAGACACUUGACAUGCUUCGCUCCCUUGGUAAGAAGCUGGUGUUUGUAACAAAUAACUCAACAAAAUCAAGAAGGAAAUAUGCUGAGAAAUUCCAUUCCCUUGGAAUUCCUGUUAAUGAGGAUGAGAUAUUCUCGUCCUCAUUUGCUGCAGCAAUGUAUCUGAAAGUCAAUGAUUUUCCAAUAGAAAAGAAGGUUUAUGUAAUAGGCGAGGAAGGCAUACUGGAAGAACUGGAGCUAGCAGGUUUUACAGCACUAGGUGGCCCGGCAGAUGGAAAGAAGAAUCCUGAACUGAAAUCAAAUUGCCUUUUUGAGCAUGAUAAGAGCGUUGGAGCUGUUGUUGUUGGACUUGACCAAUAUAUCAACUUUUAUAAGCUACAGUAUGGAGCUCUUUGCAUCCGUGAGAAUCCCGGUUGCCUCUUUAUUGCGACCAACCGUGAUGCAUCGGGACAUUUAACUGAUCUUCAAGAGUGGCCUGGUGCGGGAUGUAUGGUUGCUGCAGUAUGCGGAGCAACCCAAAAAGAGCCUAUCGUAGUUGGGAAGCCAUCGACGUUUCUGAUGGACUUUCUAUUGCAGAAGUAUAACAUCACUACAUCCAGGAUGUGUAUGGUGGGCGACAGAUUGGACACUGAUAUUCUAUUUGGACAGAACGCCGGGUGUAGAACUCUCCUUGUUUUUUCAGGUGUAGUUAAUGAAUCAGCUUUUCAAGAUUUAUCCAAGGAACUCCAAGUCCAACCAGAAUUCUAUACCAAUUCUGUAUCUGACAUUCUCAAGUAUGUCUAGAUUGAUAUUCUAAACUGGUGUCUAGCAUUCUUUGCAAACAGCAAAAGCUGCCUGCCCAUUGUUGAAACAGAGGAAACCAGCAAAUUAAAGGGUAAAAAAUUAUGUAUAAGUUGACUACUGAAGUCUGAUUUUUCUUGCACUUUGUUUAAUUUGAUUGAAAAAAAUACUUGGAGUAUUCAGGGGAAUUGGGCAGCAUAAGCCAAAGCUGUAACCAAACUCCUAAUAAGGAAAAUGAGAGUCAAGUAUAGAAGAAGUAUACUGACAAGGCAAUAAAGAGUUUGGUCAUGGUUCUUUAUUAUUACAUGUUGUAUCAUUCGCGCU